AUGUUUUCCAAGUCUACUAUCAUGGCCGCAGUUGCCAUCGUUGCGACCACAAACGCACACGUCAAGAUCACAUCGCCUGUCCCUUUCAGUGUUGACCAACUUGACACUGCACCGAUCACCAAGGAUCAAUUUCCUUGCAAGAGCAACCUUGGAUUCAAAGUUUCCGAGAUGAACAAAAUGGCUGUUGGUGAGGAACAGACCCUCAAACUGAGCGGAACCGCAGUUCACGGAGGAGGUUCUUGCCAACUCAGUGUUACCACCGAUACUGAGCCUACUGAGAACUCAAAGUUCAAAGUCAUCAUGUCAAUGGAAGGCGGCUGCCCUGGUACCGACGGCUCAACCAACGACUACCCAUUCAAGCUUCCUGCUAGCAUCCCCAAUGGCAAGGCCACUUUCGCAUGGACAUGGUUCUCCAAGCUAUCAGGCGCGCCGGAACUUUACAUGAACUGUGCGCCUAUAGAGGUCACUGGUGGUGCCAGCGACGACUCUGCCUUCAACGAGCUCCCGGACAUGUUUGUUGCCAAUAUUGGCGAGGGCUGCACUUCCCCCCAGAACUUUGCCACCAAAUUCCCCAACCCCGGUCAAGAUGUGAUGAAGGGUGCCACCGAUGACACGAAGGACCCUACCGGUUCUUGUGGCGCUACUGGUUCUGCUCCCGCAGACCCAUCUUCUCCAGCUGGUGGUCAGCCAUCUGCUUCUCCUUCCGCUCCCAACGAUGGCCAGUACUCUGCUGCUCCAACCUCUCCAGCUGGUGGCGCGCCAUCCACUGCUCCUACAUCUGUUGCUGGUGGCGAGCCAUCUCCUCUGCCAUCCAACGGUGGCGGUGUCUUCGCUCCCGGAGCCUCCAGCGCUGCAUCUGUCGCUCCCUCAGCUGCGCCCACUGUUCCAGGAACUUCCACCACGCUCGUCACCGUCACUGCCUCGCCAACUGCUCCAUCGCCAGCUGCACCCACCGUCCCUGCUGGAACCGGCUCCCCUGCCACUCCUUCCACUCCUUCUACUCCUUCAGCUGGUGGUAGCUCAGGCGCUUGCACUGAGAACGGCUCAGUAGUCUGCAACGGCACCGACCAGUUCGGUCUCUGCAACAACGGCGAAGUCGUCUGGCAAGCAGUCGCUGCCGGCACACAAUGCACCAACGGCAGUAUCACCAAGCGUGGCUACCACGGCCGUAUCGCCCGCCCUCGCCGGUCCAACCGUCGCCACGGUCACUAG